AAAAUUAUAAGUUCGUAGUAAUAUAGUUGCCACUCUCAAGUAACCAUUGACUGAUUUCGUAGCAGCUGCGAUAAUUCGAUUGAAGAUUUAACAAGUAUUUAUCUAACUGACCCUGCGCCUGCAUCCCAAAACUAUGGUUGUUCGAAUUUAAUUGUGUGUUUGGAUGAUUAAUUCAUUGUUUGGACACAGUUCGGGCGCAGAAUAUUUGGAAACAAAACCUGCGUUUUUACGAACUUGUCAACGAAAAUCACCGGACGAAGUAUUCGUACCAUGCUCAACAGAAACCAUACAAAGUCUCUUCCAAAAUUUGUCAACAGGCUUCGACGGUUUGGAUAUCAAGAUUGAUCCAAUAAAAUUGAGAGAAAUAAAAAUAUUUUCCAGCGAUGGGCCAGUAAGCUUGAACACAUCCUUGUCCAACGGUGUGGUUAAAGGACUAUCGAAUUCUAUAGUUGUACGGAGCUACAUCAAUCCAGUCGAUUAUAGCUGGGAUUCAAAUAUUCGCAUUCCGAAGUUAAGACUCGAAGGAAAUUAUGAAAUGGGCGGUCGUAUUUUGUUGCUACCGCUACAGGGACGUGGAAAAUGUUGGAUUGAACCACAGAACCUCGACAUCAAGAUCCACGCUGACGCUAAAGUAUACGAAAAAUUUGGACACCUAUUCUACAACAUAACCAAAGCACAAAUCGACUUUACUAUGAGCGGAUUGAGAUUGCAAUUGGAUAACCUAUUCAACGGCAUUAAACUGUUGGAGGAUAGCACAAACGCAUUUUUGAACGAGAAUUGGAGACCAGUUUCCGAUGCGUUUAAACCACUUAUCAAGAAGACUAUUGAGGAUAUUGUCAUAGAAGUAAUAAACAAAAUUUUCAAUUUUGUGCCAGCAGAAUAUCUUGUAUCCGACAUUCCUCAUCCAUCCGAGUUGUACAAAGAGUCAAAAAAGGAUAAUUAAAUUCUCUCAAUAGCAUCGAUAGUGAAUGUAUUCUUUGAUUGAAGAAAAAAGAAACUAAUUUUAAAGAA